AUGCCCUGGCUGCGAGCUUCUGCGUUGCUGUGCGGUAAGGCCUGCACAUUCCCUGUCGCAGUCGCAGCAACGAGCGUCGCGCACAUGGCGCUCACGCUCAGUAGUGCAAGCUUGGUCAUUGUGUUGACGGCUGCGGCUGCAAUUGCAAAGGGUUCCCCAAAGGUAAGCAAAUAGGCAAUGCGAAGCGAGACGUUCCGAUUUCUGCCGGUGGUUAAGAGGAUAAUGAAACUGCGACCAGCGCAGAAGAUGUGGACGACGUUGCUACGCCUUAUAAGCUGUCUCUGUCAAAGGAUAAGCGAGCAAAUGAUCGUGUGGAUGAAUGA